GAGAAGCCGGCCAGGUGUAUUGCGGAGCAGCUCACCUGAAGCUGGUCAUGAGCAGCGCUCCAUGACGCCAGCCGGCACACGGGAGCAGAGCGACUGAGGAGCCACCACGGGACACAGGAUGGUGAGGUGUUGGAGACCUUCACAAAGCGCUUCGGAGGAAGUUCAGUGCAAGGAUGGGGGUUCGGCAGCGUCCCCCAAGUUCCCACACAAGGCAUUCUGGGUGAUUCUGUCCGCCUCUCUGCUCCUGGUCAUUGUAGUCCUCGGUGUGACGGGACAUCUUGGGCUACCAAAAACUGAGUUUCCGAUUGUCCGAACCACAGUACCGGAUCAAACCGGAGCUCUGGUCAACCAGUCAGCUCUGGUGGACAAGGAGAACAACCUGGUGACCUUCUCAGUGACCUCACAGGCCAACCACACAGCCACAGUGGUCUUUGACAAUAACAAGGGUUUGAUAUGUUACAAGCCUGUUGACCAAGACAGCUGCUUCCUGCAGAAGAUGGAGAAGUCCGACUAUGAAAAUGUGUACUCCCUCCUUCACCAGCCAACACCCAAGAGGAGUCAGUUCCUGUUGUCCGGGAACGAGACCCUGUGGCAGACGGAGUUCCUCGGGGUGCUCGCUGACAGUCAGGUGGAUUCAUCCACCCUGGAAGAGCCUUUUCGAACUCUGUGUCAGGACGGCUCCGUCCACUGGACCAGGAGGGUCGACGGCCCGGGGAAACAGCGACUGGUCUACUUCUGCAUCGACAUCUGCUUUCCCACCAACAUCUGUGUGUCCGUGUGCUUCUACUACCUGCCCGAGUGACCACACAGACCUGCCCUCCCUCUCCUCCCGGCCCCCGUACCCAACACGGCAGAAACAAACUCACCCUUCUCACCUCCUGACCGAGCCAAGGCAACCCCGCGCCAGCUUCCAAAGCACAGCUUAGGGGGACGGAGGGAGGAAGGAGAAGAGAAGCCAGGUUUGACCAUUUCCCCUGUGCCAUGGAGCCACCCCUGCUGCCAGCCAGUGAACCAGCCAAACCCCCCCUUCCUCCCUUCCCUCUGAGACGAGAUGGAGACAGGCUGUCAUGGUUAUCUCCCGAGCCCCUUCGUCACUCUCUUCAUCUGUAAUACCCUCUCUCUCUCUCUGGCAGCAGAGUCCAGAGAUUAUGAAAGAAAGAUUCUUUUCUUUUUGUAUGUCUUGUAACCUACCACUCCAGAGUCAUUACUUGUAACCUUUCCUGCUGUGCUGGAGUUUUGUGAUCUCUCCAAUAAAGGACGGUUGUGUA